AUGAAUGCCGACUAUCGUCUCGCUGAUCCAAGCUUGUACGUAUUCAGCGGCUUCUCUGUGAGUGAGAUCAAGUCACUCGGAAACUUCCCCGACUACGCAAAACUAUCUGGCGUUUUGCUCCCGACCGCUGCGAGCGGAUUCGGCGUGGUUACCGCCAUGCCGAGACCGUAUCGGCCUUUCCGGUGGCCCUAUUUUCAGACCAUGGCACUACAGAAGAUGGACCCCGACUACUGGAUCGAGCUCGAGAGUACCUACCGAGAACGAAUAGUCCAACGACGGGAGCUGGUGGCAGCGCAUGGCAAAGACAUCUUGUAUUCUUUACCAGGGUCUGAGCUCGCGUGCAAGGAGCUCAUGGAAAUGGUUGUGCAGUUUCUCUGCGCUCGCUACCCGCAGCUCUUUGAACGCAUAGACAUGAACUUUGUCAAUCACAUACUCGACACCACGUACGACCUCACAGCCGCGGAGCCUCUUCAAUUCAUUCUCGACAACGUCCCGGAGGACUUUGCCAUUAUGCUUCGCGAUGAAGAAACUGGUCGCUACUGCCUCCAAGCUGGCGUGGUCUGUUCGACGAUCGGCUGGACGCUGAGUGACAAGAUGGGGCUGAGCGCGGCUGAGAUACAUCAGCCAGUACCCGAUUACAAGGAGAGACUGGAGCCGAGUAUAGAUCGAUUCUUUUCGAAAAUGCCAGCAGCCGCUCCCAUUCAGUGGGCAUCCUGGGGCCUGGAGAUUGGCAAGCCCCUGUUCCUGCCAGCCACCCACCCGAGCUUCAGCGGCCGAGACGUGCCGAACUCAGAUGUGAGCGUGGAGGACGUCAGCUUGCGAGUGGACUGGCAGACUCUGCGCCGGCUCCCGCUCUCUGGAGCCGUCGUCUUCAACUUCAAGGCGCUGUUCACGCCAGUCUCAAGCUUCAAGGAUGAACCUUGUAUCCCAGCGCUGCUCCUCAAGAUUCUCAACGAGGGCAAGGAGAGCAUCAUGAGGUACAAGGGUGUUGGCCACGUGAAGAAUGCUGUCAAGCCGGCACUGGAGAUGUACGAGCGCCAUCAGGUGGAGCGGGGGAUGGUGAGGAGGGGUUGGGAGCCCCGAACCCUCAAUGAGUACCCGUUUUAUCCCGGAUGGACUGAUGGCUAUCCGUCACAGGCAUCGCAGUGCGAAGACAGAAGGUGA